AUGCAAACUCCUGAAACACACAGAGUGGGGUGAGAGCCAUCAUGCCAGUCAAAAAACAGAAGAAGAAAGACAUGAAGAUCCAGUCAAAAGUUUGGACAUGCCAAGCUGUCUACCAAGUAGAGUGAUACUGUAGCAUCACAUGACCUGGCCACCUGACCUAAACCCAGCAGAGAUGGUUUUGGAGGAGUUUGACCAUAGAGUGAAGGAAAUGUGGCCAGUGAGUGUUCAGCAUAUAUGUGGGAGCUCCUUCAGGACAGCUGGAAAAGCAUCCCCAGGAGGCCACCUCAUGAAACUGGCGUAGUGGAGACAGUAGGGUCAGUCAGCCCCUGGAGCAAUUGGGGUUAAGGGCUCACUGAAGGGCCCAAUGGUGGAAUCACUCUGCCAACCCAGGGCUUUGAACCAGCAACCUUCUGAGUCCAACCCACAGAAUUGAACCCUUCCUAACAAAUAAAUUUUUUGGUUUAGUACAUUUUUGGUCAGUGCAAAAUUUCAUAUAUAUUAUUUUAUAGUUUUGAUGUUUAUAAUUAUUUUAAAAUCUAGGGAAUAGUAUAAAUAAACCUUUCUACAAGUAGACUGGUCCAAAAUUUUGACUGGUACUGUAGAUGAAACCAUAUGCUGCCAUUGAUGAAAAUGAAACGUGACAAAAUCAGCAACAAAUUAGUUGUGUCUUCACUGCAAACUCAGCUUAUUUAUAGUCCUUUAUCCACCCCAUUUUUAGGAUUUACUGCAAGCCAUCACAUAGAGCUGACUGCCUGGGUGCAUUGGUUCAGUCCCAUGGGAGGCUCAUGUGAGGGCUGACUAUUCAUCCAGCCUAAAGUGUUACGUUACUCCAGGAAUCGGAUUGCCUCAAACUCGCCUAGUAACCGGCUUCUGCAGGCACAUUAUAACCGUGAACCCCACCACUCGUGACCUGGCCCCUGUACUUCAUUCAGGUACGGCUGAGAGUUUGUCCUGUGUCCCCUAGGUCAUCCAGGGGACACCUGGAUGAAGGCAUCCAUCAUUGCACAUUAACGCCAAUGACUCUGCCAUAGGUGCUAACGGCUGCCUGUAUUAAACACCUAGAUCCUUUUCCUAGAUGGCAUUGCAAGACUUUGGUAGGGCUGGACCCAAGAGACUCUCCCUUCUAUAUUUAUUGCAGGUUUGGAUAGGCUGUAAGGCGUAGCCCGGACUGCCAAGCAGACGGAAGUGCUUCGGAUGGAUGGCAUCGUGCCCGUGAAACCCAGUCCACACGCUGUUUGUUCAGCAAAUGCUAAAACCGGAACGUGAGCAAAGUUGUGGGCGAAAAACAUAAACAAGCCCAGUGAGGGAACAAUGAGCAGCCCAAGUUCAGUAACACAUGCAAGGUCGUCUUCAUUAGGUGUCCUCUAUGAUAUUAUUAUCUCCAACUCGCAAUGGAGGACGAACGCCGUUUAGCAAGAAAGACUUGCUAGUUCUGACUAACCGGUUGAGUGGCUUUAGAUGGAACGUCUUGAUUGAAGGUGCCCGUUAAGACCCCAAUGUCAAUGCUUUGGGGAGAACUGAAUUUGGCCAACAAUUGGCCAAAAAAUCUGUGGCAAUAAAGGGGGGUGAGGGUGUGUGCAAGCUGGGCACCGAAAGUCAGCAAAAAGUCCGGCAGGCUGCCAAUGCGCGUUACGUGACGUCUCCAAAAGGCGCGCAGCUGCCUCUUGGCGCUUCUCGGAUUUCCAAGUCCGUUUACGUUGGGAGGGCAGGUCCGCUAUAAAAGCGAUCUGUUUCACGGCGGCGCUCAGCAUCCCGUCCGACAGCGCAAAAUCCUCAGGAGGAGGGCGAUCACUGGCAGCACGCCGUAGCGUGGCGUACCGGAAGCACUUCCAGAAUUUUCCCGCGUGUUCUUCAUUUAGCUACACAGGCUGAGCGCUCGCGAGUGAGGCUGUACUGUCGAAGGCAUGACGGCGCGGUUGGAUGACAUCAGACCGCGUACCGGGAUGGUCGUGGCCCUGGCCAGCAUCUUCCUGGUGUUCGGGUUCAUGUUCACCGUGUCGGGAGUUAAGGGCGAGACUCUGGGUGACGUCCCGCUCAUUGCCAUCGGGCCGGCCAUCUGCCUGCCGGGAGUGGCUGCCAUCUUCAUCGCCAAUGCGACCAAGGGUUGCACGGUGUCUCCCUUCCGAGACGGGUGGCUCUGUAAACGGGGACGGCCCAGAAGGGAGGAUGGUAGGAGCUGUGUGGAUCUGAAGGCACUCCACAGCUGCAAGAAGGCCCGUUCUGGUGAGGACUCUGUGUCCACCACCACGGUGGGCGAGACCAGCCAACUGGUUCGAGAUGUAGAGCGAGAUGAGGUCUUACGCUACCUACAGGACUGUUACCCUUCCAGCACCUUCCUUGAGACUUCAGACAAGUCGGGCUCCUAUGCCUUGGACCGGCUGUGCCCUAGCCAGGAAAGCACGCUCAACGAAGCCGCUCGCUACACCGCUGUGCAGGCGCCAUAUGACAGCAUUGUAGUGUCAUCACUCUACAAGAGCAACUCCUACGGGUCCUACUGCUGCUACAUCCCUCCGCGGGACUUCAGCUGGGACGUGGAGACCGUGGUCUGA